AUGGAGAAGUCAACGGUGGUCGUCACCACAGAGAAAUACCACUCUCGAAGUGAGGAAACUUCUAAUCAUGAACACUCAAUUGACAAUCCAUUUUCUACUCCUCAUGAUCAAAGAUCCAUCAUCUCCUCGGGGCAACAAUACUCGAUUUUCACAGGCGAAUAUGACAAGCCAUGGACUGUGAAGAGAGACCCUCGUAUGUUAUGGGACAAAAUAUUUUUUAUCGGACUCACGAUAGUGGGAUUGGGAAUCGGUGCAUAUAUUAUCUAUUCCGGAUGGGCGAGUGUCGAAAACCCUCCAUACUGCCUUAUAUUCGAAGAUGAUUUCCUCAAUGGAAUCAAUGAAAAUGAUUGGAACUACGAAAUCCAAUUAGGAGGUUACGGUGUCGGUUCAUUUGACUGGACCACCAACGACCCUACGAACGCCUAUACAGAUGAAAAUGGAUUACAUAUCGUGCCCACGAUCACAACCAAUGUCACUAGCAUCACAAACGCCCAAUUGUACAAUGGUUACACCUUGAACCUGACACAACAGGGCGUGUGUACCGCGGAUGACGCAGGCGAUUGUGUCCGUGUCAGUAACAUCACCACGAACAGUAUUAUCAAUCCCGUCAGAAGCGCGCGAUUGACGACCAAGGGCAAACACAAUAUCACAUAUGGUAAAAUUGAGGUCAGGGCUAAGUUGCCACGAGGUGACUGGUUAUGGCCGGCGAUCUGGAUGAUGCCUGAAGAGGACGUUUACGGUUCUUGGCCGCUUAGCGGAGAGAUCGAUAUCAUGGAAUCGAAAGGCAAUGACGGGCGAAUAUACGAUGGUGGACGCAAUGUCGUCGGAGGUACUCUUCACUGGGCACCCAACGCCGUUUUGGAUGCGUUUUACCGUACAAGUGGUGUCAAGUAUAUGACCCGCGGCGAUUACUCGGAUGACUACCACACCUUUGGAAUGGAAUGGAGCGAUCAGUACAUUUACACCUGGGUUGACAGUCGACUAGCACAAUCAAUGUACAUCCCCUUCGGCGAAAAGUACGGUACAAUGUACGAAAGAGGAGACUUCGCCUCCAUGAGUGUGAAUGGAUCUAUUCCCCUCGACCCUUGGUCCGGCACAAAACGAUACAACACUCCUUUCGAUCAAGCAUUCUAUCUUAUCAUGAACGUCGCCGUGGGAUCUACAAACUCAUAUUUCCAGGAUGGAUACGGUAGCAAACCCUGGAUCGACAAAUCAGAUGACGCUAUGUCUCAAUUCUACAAUGCAUCGUCGGCCUGGGAGUCUACUUGGGGUGAAGGUGAUACUCGAGGAAUGUCGGUAAAGAGCGUGAAAAUAUUCCAGCGUGGCAAUUGCCCUUCUAGCUAG